UUAACCAGCAAUGCACAGUUGCACACAGGUGUUACCGGGAAUCUGGGAUUAGGAUCCCCUGUAUUUAGUGGAGCCUUGCUAGUGGUUAAACUGAUUAAUUCAAUUAAAAAUAUUCAGAAACCAAAGAUGCUGAGCUUGCCAACUGUUCGAGCAAUGGUCUUAAAGACCGGGCGAACUGGGGAUUGCAACUUGGUCAGAGGUUGAUGUAACUCGUUUAUGAGCAUCAGCUGUUCGAGUUAAGGUCGCAACGACAAGAUAAAUCAAAAUUUGAAUCUCUGAAUCAUCUGCUUUUACAAAGUCAUGAUCAAACUCCAUCAUCGUCAUUUACUUCUACAAGAUGACAAGUUUUUUCUAGGUUCAGACUUCUGAGAGAUAGUCGAAACUCCAAAGUGUUAAUCAUAAUUCAUACCAUUCCUUUUCAAAUUUAGUAGGUUCGUUUUUUCCCCUCUAAAGUGCAACAUGGUACUUUCCUUGAAAUUACAAAUAUAAAUUCCCUUAAGAAUUUCAUAAUAUCCCCCCCAAGAAGAUACUGUAUUAAUUCUAGAUCCUCCGCGUAGGGCUCGUACAGCCCGUAAAUCAACUACCACUCACCCAUUCACCCCUUUUUGUUCCACUCAAACUGUUCUUUACUCGGUAACAAUAUUCUUUACGAUCUCUGAAGUAGCUUAACAAUUUGUUAUAUGAAAGUUCUUGCAAUCAUAUUAAUCUGUUCUCUUGUUUCUCAGCUACAUAAUUAAAGUUUUUCAAUCUGUUCACUGAAUAUAUAAUGGCUUCUGCAAGUCAUUCUCAAAAGCCAUUUGCUUCUGCUUCAACUUCGGAUCCUACUCAAUGGGACGUGUUCCUAAGCUUCAGAGGUAUAGAUACCAGAUACACAUUCACUGAUUAUCUUUUUGAUUCUUUAAAGCGCACUGGUAUUCGGACAUUUAGGGAUGAUCCUGAGCUACGCAGUGGUGAAGUUAUCUCAGAUGCUUUGCUGCAAGCUAUACGUGAAUCUAGGACUUAUGUUGUUGUCCUCUCCGAAACUUAUGCUUCUUCCAGAUGGUGCCUCGACGAGCUUGUAGAGAUAGUUGGUUGUUGCCAAUCAAUUGGUAGACUGGUUCUUCCCGUGUUUUACAACAUCGAACCAUCGGAUGUACGCCACCAAACUGGGACUUUUAGUGAAGCUUUCCACGUACAUGAUCCUCGGUAUGAUAGGGAUAGGUUGGAGAAGUGGCGCUUAGCACUGAUGAAGGUGGCCAGUUUUUCGGGGUACCAUGUCAACAAAAAUAUGUCUCAAAUUGAUAUUAUCCAUGAGAUUGUUGAUAGACUUUUACUGGAAAUUAAUCCUUCGACUUUGCAUGUUGCUAAGUAUCCAGUUGGGUUGGAUUCUCGUGUUAAAGACAUAGCAACGUUGUUGAGAAAUUCAAGGGAAGGUGCCACUAGGAUUGGUAUACAUGGUAUGGGUGGAGUUGGCAAAACAACACUUGCAAAAGCUGUGUUUAACCAACAAUACCACCGUUUUCAGGGUAGCUGCUUCCUACCAAACGUUAGGGAGGCUUCAGGAUCAAGGAAAGGCCUGGUAUGGUUACAACAGAAACUUAUUGAUGAUGUUCUUAAAUGUAAAAGCAUUACCAUUGACAGUGUUGACCAAGGAAUUGAGCUGAUAAGAGCUAGAAUUUGUUCAGCAAAAGUGCUGAUCGUUAUUGAUGAUUUGGACAGUGCAAUGCCUCUGGAAUUUUUAGAAGGGCCAUUUGUUUUGGGGAGCACAGUCAUAAUAACAACACGAUGUGAAGAUCUACUAGAUACGAUUAAAGUAGACGCCAAAUACAAGGUAAAUGAACUCAGUGAUGCUGAGUCACGUCUGCUUUUUUGCCAACAUGCAUUCGGAGGAGAUACUAGAAUGUCCAACACAUUCAUCAAAUUGUCGAAAGAAAUUCUAGAACAUGCUAGAGGGCUUCCGUUGGCUCUUAAGAUUUGUGGCUCGGCCUUGCUUAACAAAUCUGAGGAAGGAUGGAGAUGGUUCAUCGACAGAAUGAGAAGAGAUACUAUUGUUGAUGUUGAGAAUAUACUGUUGAUUAGCUUUGAUUCUUUGAAAUUUUUUGACCCUAUGCUGCAAGAUAUUUUCCUGGAUAUUGCUUGUUUUUUUGUCGGGCGUGAGAAGGAAGAGGUUGUUAAAAUAAUGGACACUUGUUACAAGUUCCCGAAUCAUAAUAUUGACAUCUUAAAGAAAAGAAGUUUGCUAACCAUCGAUAAUGGAAAUAGUUUGGGGAUGCACGAUCUGCUUCGGGAUAUGGGAAGGAAAAUUGCGUGCAACAACUCUCCUAUGGAGCAUGGUGAACAUAGUAGAUUGUGGUUAUCACAAGUUAUAUACAAUGUUUUGAAGAAGGAAAAGGGAACUGAAGCCAUUAAGGGUAUCAUCCCUAGCUACUUUAACUUGCACAUGAAUUGUGCGACAGUAAGAACUCGUUUUGCUGCCAAAACAUUCACAAAGAUGAGCAAAUUAAGAUUUCUUUACCUCGAUAAUGUGGAUCUUACUGGAAGCUUCAAACAUACAUUUAAAGAUUUGAGAUGGCUCUGUUGGUGGGGUUGUCCUUUGAAAUGUUUGCCUUCUGAAUUUUAUCCGCAAAAACUUGUUUCCCUUGCUUUACCUCGUAGCAAAAUUAGGACGUUGUGGGAGCUAAACAUGGUUCCGCAUGUUUUUGACAACUUAAAGACACUAGACUUGUCGAAUUGUAAAGAUUUAACUACUGUUACAGACUUCACUAAAUUGCCUUGUCUGGAAACUCUAAAUCUGGAGGGCUGUAGUAGCUUGGAGGAGGUCCACAUAUCAAUCGGAAGUUUGGUGAGGCUUGUUUCCAUAAAUUUGCGGUGGUGUUGGAACCUAAAAAGUCUUCCACACAGCAUCUGCAACUUGAAAGCACUGAAAAGUCUUGAUAUUGAAUGUUGCUAUGGGCUGGAAGCAGUUCCUAUAAAUUUGGGGAACAUUGAAUCUUUGGUUGAGCUCAAUGCGGCGAAUCUAUAUAUUUGCAAACUGCCAGAUUCAAUCGGCCAUCUAAGUAAGCUUAUUAAGCUAUUCUUAUAUUAUAACAACAUUGAAACUCUUCCAGACACCAUUUGUAACCUGAAGUCAAUAGAGAUUCUGGAUAUCAGUGGUAAGGGAGAAGGUGAAAUUGGUGGUUUGAAAACAUUGCCGAAAGAACUGGGCGAUCUUGAAUCUCUAAAAGUGCUCAGUGCGUGCUCACUAGAUGUAUCCAAAUUACCGGAAUCAAUGGGACGUCUCAGUAAACUGGUUAAGCUGAGAUUAAGCAAUAACUUAUACCUUGAAAAUCUUCCAGACAGCAUCUGCAACUUGAGAGCACUAAAGAAUCUAGAUAUUAGUGGUUGCACUAGUCUUCAAGUAUUGCCUAUAGACUUUGGCAACCUUGAAUCCCUAGUAAAGUUAUUUGCUAGGAAACUAAGUAUUUCAAGUUUACCUGAAUCAAUCAGACACAAUAGAUCACUGAGAACUCUUUCACUUGCAAGUUGUAGUCAUUUGUUAAACAUUGCAGACCUUCCUUGUAACUUAAAGCGGAUAUGCCUUGAAAGUUGCACGUCUGUGGAAAGAUUACCAAAUCUAUCAAAUAUGAAGCAGUUGGAGGAAUUAGACCUUACAGGUUGUAGUGGUUUGACACAGAUUCAGGGCUUGGAGGAACUCACCUCUAUUAAAACACUUCAUCUGGGAGGUUGCAACUCGUCUAUGCUUGCAGACACUUUUACAAAACACUUCUUUCAGGUAUACAUUUCAUUUGGGCAACACAUUAGAAUUUACGCUUGCCCAUCAGUUUUUCCAAAGUGGAUUAGUCAAUCAGCAGAUUGGAUUAGUGAAACAAGUGAUUCAGGAUCACCAGUGUCUCUGGGAUUGUCGCCAGACGUGUCGCAUAAUUUUUUGGGAAUGGUUCUCUGCUUUGAUCACAUGGAGGAUAUGUAUUUUCAGAGAGCUGUUUAUUCUGUUAAGACUACCACAAGUGAUUUUGCAUGGAGUGACGGACGUUAUUUUUCCUUUUAUACUGAAGAUGAGGAGGAAGAAUUUGACCAUUGCUCCUGCAUGCAUAUAGUACCAAAAUCAAUCUUCUCGUUGAGCGAUGAUGAUGAUGAAAUUGAAUUCACGGCUGCUCCAGUGAUAUUUUAUUUUAAGUUUGGUGAUCUUGAGGAUUGUGAAAGAACAGAAACUGCAAGAAUUCUUGGAAUUCAUCUACUAUACAAAUCAGACUUGCAGUGAUUGACGAGUGCAAGAGUAGCAUUACAAACGCAGAACAAGAAGAAGAAAGAAGCUGCCCCUCUUAACAAUUUAAACAUUGGCAAAGUCACAAUAGGUAGCUCUCCGUCUCUCCCAAGUUCUAGAUGUGAGGAUCCUUUGGAAAGUGACAAGAACAUUUGUUUCAUAACUGCAUUAUGCGUGCAAGUCAGGGAAAGACAAGAGAUGUGCGCUUGAGCACUUUGAAUUCUUUCAACAUAGUUAAUGACUAUCAGUAAGUGUUUCCUUGUCACAGUACAUCUAUGCAAGUUAUCAUAAGAAGCUCGCUGUUACAUCAAUUAUGUUCACUUUUUCUAUCGUAAAGUCCAGAAACUAGUUGAAAUUUUCCCAAAACCUGUUGAGUUGUAUUUUACCAACCAAAGCUUCCACUCAAUAUUUUUAUUAACUCGUGUUUGAUCAAGAAAUAUGAGAUAUUAUUUGCAGUACUGUAAUCACAAAUUUGAAGAUUUGAGGUGGCUCUAUUGGCGGAAUUGUCCUUUUGAAGCGUUUACAUAUUGAAUUUUACCCAAACAACGUUUUUUUCUUGCAUUGCCAGGUAGUAGAACAAGAACAAUGUGGGAAGUAAACAUGGUUUUUGAAAAAAUGAAGACUCUGGGGGACUCCUUGAAACUUCUGAAAUUUAAAGUGUUGAUAUGCUUAUCAUGUCUGGUGUUGGUUUGAUAGAUUUUGAAGUAUUGUUCCACAUAGAAGAUUUGUUCAUAAACAAAGGAGCCACUAUCAGCAGACAUCAACACUGGAAUAUUAUCAUUUUCAAUAUCUGUAUCUGAUUUUUUCCAUAUUCUAUUUGGACAGAGCGCUACAAAAUGUUGUUUGGUUACUGGAUCAACUUACCUGAUACACACUGGGAAGUUAAAUGAAACCUAGACACUAAGUAGUAUGCCGAUUGAACCUAAUGCCUCCGGAAGAAAUAUAGAGAGCGUAAUGGUAAUUUCCGUAUGGAGAACAUGUGAUAUUGUUUCGACUUUGGAGGAGUCCAUUGAUGAGUAUUACUGGCAUGGGCUGGGGAGAUAUAAGAUGGGGACGCUUGACUCGUCUUCUCAUCGUCGGCUGCAGCUUCUGACCGUUGCCAAACGAUGUUUCCAGCACAGAGGAGUCUCUAAUAUCCGCAGCAAAUCAGACUAAAAACGGAAACUAGAGAGUUGCAUUACUUCACUACUGUUGUAGCGCACAAUGGUUCCAGUGGGUAUAUCGUCAAAGGAUCUUAGGAAAUUCCAAACAGUCUUGGGUGCUUUGUGUAACAACUAACUGUGAGAAACAGAUGGAGUACAAUGCCAACUUGUGUGAAAACUGAACUAACAGCAAAUGCACAUAUUUUUCGUAUUCAUAUUCUGAUUCAGAACGCUUCUCAUUUUAAUAGUCUUUUUUGUUGAAAUAAAAUAUUAUAUAAUACUUGUCUUCUUCUCUA